GACAGAACGUCUAACGGAUGCGUCAGAACCUGCGCCCUCCGGAUCUUGGAGGGUACAGAGGGCGCCCCUCGGCCUCCUCCCUUUCGGAGGUGGGGACAAGGUGGAGGAAGGGCUGCAGGAGGAGGAGCUCUAGCAUCGCGACCCGCCCCGUCCCGUCCAGUCUGGCCUGGGCGCCGCGGGAACGCUGUCCUAGCUGCCGCCACCCGAACAGCCUGUCCUGGUGCCCCGGCUCCCUGCCCCGCGCCCAGUCAUGACCCUGCGCCCCUCACUCCUCCCGCUCCAUCUGCGGCUGCUGCUGCUGCUGCUGCUGCUGCUGCUCAGUGCGGCGGUGUGCCGGGCUGAGGCUGGGCUCGAAACCGAAAGUCCCGUCCGGACCCUCCAAGUGGAGACCCUGGUGGAGCCCCCAGAACCAUGUGCCGAGCCCGCUGCUUUUGGAGACACGCUUCACAUACACUACACGGGAAGCUUGGUAGAUGGACGUAUUAUUGACACCUCCCUGACCAGAGACCCUCUGGUUAUAGAACUUGGCCAAAAGCAGGUGAUUCCAGGUCUGGAGCAGAGUCUUCUCGACAUGUGUGUGGGAGAGAAGCGAAGGGCAAUCAUUCCUUCUCACUUGGCCUAUGGAAAACGGGGAUUUCCACCAUCUGUCCCAGGGACUAAAGACAACCUGAUGAGGCCACCUGGCAUGACCUCCAGCAGCCAGUAACUUGUUAGGGAAGAGACCUGCUUGGGCCACAUGGGUCUGCUGCCUGUGCCACCACCUUUCCCAGAACACUGGACUUCUUUCCUGCCCUUUUCUACAACUCUACGCUGUGUCAGCUGUACAGCCACCCCCCCACCCCUUCCUUUCAGCCUCCAUCAGGGAAGAGACAGUAAAAAUAAUCACAGUCAAGUGAUUCAAAACAAAACAAAAAGCAACUGUUAAAGCCAAGUCUGCCCCAUAACUUUAAAAGCCAUCAUUGGUCACUGCCGAUGUCUAUUUUUGAAGGGUUGAGAUGGACAGAUUUCCCAAGAUGCAUAUCUUUUGCUUUCAGUUCUAACAAAUGUUCUAUUAGCUAAAAUGUGUUGUACUCCACAGAGUAUUGGGCUCGUAAUUCUUCUUUUUUUUUUUUUGAGAUGGAGUUUCACUCUUGUUGCCCAGGCUGGAGUGCAAUAGUGCAAUCUUCACUCACCACAACCUCCGCCACCUGGGUUCAAGCGAUUCUCCUGUCUCAGCCUCCCGACUAGCUGGGAUUACAGGCAUGCGCCACCACGACCAGCUAAUUUUAUACUUUUAGUAGAGAUGGGGCUUCUCCAUGUUGGUCAGGCUGGUCUCAAACUCCCAACCUCAGGUGAUCCACCUGCCUUGGCUUCCCAAAGUGCUGGGAUUACAGGCAUGAGCCACCGCGCCUGGCUGGGCUCGUAAUUCUUAUCCUAGUUCCAGCUUAGAGGAAGGCCUGGAAGGAGGGUAGGGGGACCAAGGAGAAACUUUUACCCAAAGCCCUAUUACCUCCCCAUUCCCAGUGCUGCUUAUUUGCACCUCUUCUGCCCACUCAUUUCUGUUCCACCUACCCCUUUACUUCUUAAGCAGCAUCCUCAUCCUUCUUCCUCUUCAGCUCUUAUGUUGAAACUCCUGUUAUCUCAUAAUCACGUUGAAUGUGCUCAUUGGUUGGUUGAUUUUUUAAAGUCUAGUUUAAAUCCAUUUAAUUUCAGCCCUGCAAAGACUCUAUCCGUGUGGUUAUUUGGAAAUACAAUAAAUUAGUAGUUAGUAUAGAGGGUUCUCCCACUUACAAAUGGAGAAGAGCCUGUACAUUUCAUAUUCACAGAAAGUUUUCCUGCAUUCAAAGACUUGUCACUGGACCCAAGCCACAUGUGUAGUUGGGGUCAACAUGAUUAUCACUGGACUCUGCUCGUAAAUCCUCCUCUACUCUUGUCUAAAGGAAUUCAAGCCCACAUUUAAAUCUUGUCAGCUUCAUAGUUGUUGGCUUUGCUGUGGCCUACGCUCCCUAUUUUCAUUCAGAUUCUGAGCCCUGGAUAAAAUGCAGAGAGUCUAACCCUCUCCACCCCUCUGCCUCUCCAGCGGAUGCAGUGGUGCAGUAUGACGUGGAGCUGAUUGCACUAAUCCGAGCCAACUACUGGCUAAAGCUGGUGAAGGGCAUUUUGCCUCUGGUAGGGAUGGCCAUGGUGCCAGCCCUCCUGGGCCUCAUUGGGUAUCACCUAUACAGAAAGGCCAAUAGACCCAAAGUCUCCAAAAAGAAGCUCAAGGAAGAGAAACGAAACAAGAGCAAAAAGAAAUAAUAAAUAAUAAAUUUUAAAAAACUU